CAAACUUUGAACUUUGAGCAGACCUAAGUAGCAAAAUAUAGCCUGUAUCGUAUUGUGUGGGGUAAAACGAUAUAUAAAACGCGGGCGCAAUUCUCUCGAUGACAGCAUAAAUGCACUGAAUACAUGAUUUAAGGUUUUGGAACCAAUGCCAUGUUUUUAUCAAGUGAUUUUUGCAACAACCCAAAUAAGUAAUAUGCAUUAUAAAAAUGCUCGAGACUUUUAUUUUGACAGACGCGGUUCUGUCGAUAAGCGGAACUUAUAGGUUGACUCCCCGGAAGUUAUGUGUGCAAAGCGAGGAUGUUACGGCUGUAACAAAGUAGCGUGGCUGCCUGAAAUGUGGUUUUUAGUCCUGCAAGCGUAGGGUCACUGGCCCUAUGGAUCAUGGCCGGCGUGUGGAAGGAGAUCCGAGCAGCUCUGCCUCCGACCGAGGCAGACUUUCCUCUGCACUUCAGUGAGAAGGUGGAGCGCAGUGUGGUGAAGGUGCUGGAGCAGGCCAGGCUGCAGCUCUAUGGCUCCGAGGGCACCUCUCUCCUGCAGCACACUGCCCAGACCAUCCUGGACUUCUCUUGGGAGAAGCUCAACAUCGGGACCUGGAGGGAUGUGGACAAGGAGUGGCGGAGGGUGUACGCCUACGGCUGCCUGUUCAAGGUGGCGGCACUGUGCUGUGCGGAGCCCGGCGAGGCGGAGGUCUGCGAGGCCAUCAGGACAUGCGACAUGGGCCUGCUGAUGGGGGCCGCCAUCAUGGAGGAUGUGCUUCAGACGAUGGUGGGGAUCCUGCAGGGCAGGCUGAGGAGGGGCUGUUCGGAGCAGGCAGGCGCUGCCGAGGGGCCCGGUGCAAAGAGACUGAAGGAGAGCUGCGUUUCUGUACCUGCAAUCAGUCCAGCUAAGGAAGUCCCCAGGACAAAGUGUCUGCCCUUAGAUCGCUUCCGGAUGGAUUACCUGAAUCAGGAGAAGCCAGUGAUCUUAGAGGGUGCCAUAGACCACUGGCCUGCAUUUAAUGACCACAAAUGGAGCAUAGAGUACCUGCGCAGGGUAGCAGGCUGUCGCACUGUCCCAGUUGAAGUGGGCUCCCGGUACACAGAUGAGGACUGGUCACAGCGGCUCAUCACCGUAAGCGCCUUCAUAGACCGCUACAUACUUGGAAAGGAGGAAGGAGAUGGUGUCGGGUACCUGGCCCAGCAUCAGCUCUUCGAUCAGGUCCCCGAACUGAAGGCUGAUAUCCAUAUCCCUGACUACUGCUGUCUCGGGGAGGGAGAUGAGGAUGACAUCACAAUCAACGCCUGGUUCGGCCCGGCGGGGACCAUCUCCCCUCUACACCAUGAUCCCCAGCACAACCUUCUGGCUCAGGUGGUGGGAAGCAAGUACAUCCGGCUGUACUCUCCUGAGGACAGCAGGAAGCUCUACGCUCAUCAGUCUCAGCUACUGCACAACACCAGCCAGGAUCAUUAUCAAGAUGAUAGUACCUUAUUGGUCCCUGUGGGGGCAAUUUCCUAUGUCCAGUAGCAGAAAAGAAAAGUGCUUUAGACCCCUAACAGUAAGUAAAAUAGAGAAAUAUUUUCACCUGUAAUAUAAAGAAAAUAAAAUAGCUGUGCAUACCAGUAGCAUCCAUCAUUAUUCUAUACAACAGUGGCUGUAUCCUCAUUUCUUGUAUUCAUUGUACCAAGUUUGUGCUUUUCUCUCUCCUUUGUAACUGUACGCCUCAUUGCUGUAUGUGAAAGAAUUCCCCCCAGCGAUUAGUAAAUCAUGUCAUCUUUGCUAACGGGCUACCCACCGGU